UUUGAGAAAAGCCAAUGGAAGAGGAAGAGGAAGAGGAAGAAGAAUAAGCUAAACCUCUCUCUCUCUCUGUUAAUGGCGCUUUCAGGAAAUUUGCAGCUUACUUCUAAUUACAUUCCUGACACAGGUUAUGGAGUUUCAGACAGCAGGAGCGUCUCUAACUCUGUUGUGUCUAGAAGAACACUUGCUGUAUUACCUUACUCUUCAUGUCUGGUUCACAUCGAGAAUCGAAGAUAUCUAAAGUCUGCCACUAAGAAAAUUUCAUUUGUGUGCCGAGCAAGUUCUUCUGACCAUAGGAGAAACAAUCCUGAUUUCUCAAGAAACAAUAGGAAUGGUUUCAGAGGUAGGAACAGGCGGAACGAAGAUAGAGACGGUUUAGACGGUGGUGGUGGUGGUCUUGAAGACUCUGAAAUGCUGUCUUCCAAAAACGGUCCUGUGUUCUCUCUGUCCAGUUCCCCGAAGUUCCAGGCUACUUCAUCACCUGGACCAAGAGAGAAAGAGAUAGUGAAUCUUUUCAGGAAAGUCCAAGCUCAGCUCCGAGCUCGAGCUGCUGCUAAGAAAGAAGAUAAGAAGACUGAAGAAGCUUCUAAAGGGCAAGGAGGAAAAGAGACUGAGACUGUGGACUCUCUUCUUAAGUUACUGAGGAAGCACUCAGGAGAACAGAGCAAGAAGAACGUUAGCAACUUUGAUUCUGAAAAGCAGCUACAAGGAGAUGAUGAUGAUGAUGCUGAAAGACAGGUUCACAGUUCCAAUAAUUUUGAUUCGCGAAACAGGGAUCAUAAUGCAACACGUUUUACCAGGCCUGCCUCAAGCUUCAGACGCAAUUCGCCUGUACCUAGACAUAAACCUCAGUCUAGUUACUCGAGUGAGGCCAUUUUUGAUGAGGCGUCAAGUUACAGUGUGACUUGGACUCAGAAAAAGGAUCAAGUAGUAGAACCUGAGCCUGAAUAUGAACCAGGACUUGCCCUUCUGGAAUCAGAGCCAGAGCUAAAACCAGAGUCAUUUUACGAUGAGGAGGAUGAAGAUCAUGAUGUCCUUGUAGGUGAAUUAUCAAAUGAUGAUGAUGAGUCUGUCAAUGCCGAGGAAGAAACUGAAAAAAAUGAAGACUUGAGUGCACUGAAGUUGAUAGAACUCAGAGCUAUAGCAAAAUCAAGGGGUCUUAAAGGGAUUUCAAAGAUGAAGAAAACAGAGCUGUUGAAUUUGCUGUGUAGUAAUAAAGCAUGAUGAUAGCUAUGAACAAGAACAUUGUUUUAGUUUCUGAUACAGCCAAUGAAUCUCCAAAUAUUUGUUUCAUUCAUAAUUUGUGCAUGAUGAUUAAAAUUAGUUUUUU